CAAGCCCCGCCCUCUCAGGCCCUGCUCCGGUGCUUCCCGUUCCUCCCGCGCGGGAAUCUCUGCUCCGGCCGAGCAUCCCUCGGCCCUCGUGUGUUCUGUCCGCCGCCCCGCGUCGGCUCUGCGCUGGAGCGGUCGGUGUCAGACACCGUGGCCUCGGCCGGGGCGGCGCCCUGGGCGACCCUGGAGGCCCCCGCCCGCCUCCUGCUGCAGGCGCUGCAGGCCGGGCCCGAGGGCGCGGGCCGCGGGCUGGGGGUUCUGCGCGCACUGGGCCGCCGCGCGGAGCACUUCCCCUGGGGCGGCUUCCUCGAGGCGCUGGGCCGCGCAGAACCCGUGGUGCGGGGCCCCGACGGCCGCCUGGAGCUGAUCCCACUGUUGCUACGGUUGCCUGGGAUAUGCCGGAAGAACCUGAUGACUCUGCUGAUGGCUGUUCGACCCUUGCUCCCCGAAAGCGGUCUCCAUUCCAUGCUGCAGCUUGCCCAGCAGGACACAGCAUCUGCCCCUGAUGCCUGGCUCUGCGCCCUCGGGGAGCUGCUAAGGAGGGAUGUGGGGAUCGGAGUCUCUGUGGAGGGAGCCUCUCCAUUGUCCACAAGCUGUCGGUCACAGCUCCGAGACCUGUGUGGGCGUCUGGGCCAGGGAGGUAGGGGGCUGAAAUUGGCUCAGGCUCUAGAUCCUGAACAGGAAGACCAGCAGCUUUGUGGGAAGCGGAGGAAGGAGCCAGAGGAAGAUCCUGCCAGCCUUGAGCCAGAGAGAGCUGCUAAAAGGUUCCGGGGUUUGGAGGAGGAGGAGGAGGAGGAGGGGAAGGACCAGGAAGAGAGACCCAAGCUGGAGUCAUCGGGAUCCCCGUCAGAGGCAGGACGCACGUCACCUGAUCCAAAGCAGACCAUUACUGAAGCCAAGACUCCUGAAAUUGGCCCGGGUGUGGAGGAGGCAGAGGGUCCAGUUGAGAGUAUGGAGUUGCCUAGAGUUGUCCAGGACCAGGUGCCCAGGCUGCAGCGGCUGCUGGAGGCCUUCCAGGAGGAUUUGCCCCCCCAGGGGCUGGAGGGGUUGGAAGAGGAGCCCCCAAUGGACCUGCAGUUCCUCCAUGAAUGUAGUCCCAGCCAGAUGGAGUUGCUGUGCAGCCGGCUGCAGCUGCCGCAGCUCCCCGAUGGAGGCCUCCUGCAGCUGUGCAGCUGCCUGCUGAGUCUCACGCCAACCCUCAGCCUCGCCAGUGCCUCCGUGUUGGCCAGGAGCCUCUUUCUUGACCGGAUCCUCUCCCUGCCGUCGUCCGCCUCCAGGCUGCUCAGAGUCGCCCUCGUCUCCUUCUGUGUGAAGUACACCUACCCUGUCUGCAAGGCCGUCCUCGUUCCUGUACUCCAGGACCCAAGCGUGGGUCCCAUGCAGACGGAGUUACUGUGCUCCCUUAUAAAGGAUGAGUCCCUGGAGCCAGACAUGCAGGUCCAGAUUCUGGGGCAGGUCCUGGAGCUGGCCUGGAGGGAGGAGACAUUCCUGGUGCUGCAGGCGCUCCUGGAGCGCCAGGUGGAGAUGACCUCUGAGGUGUUCAGUGUCUUGGUGGAAAGGCUCUGCAAAGAGGGACCGGCGGCCACCACCUCCAUGGCUUACGCCAAGCUGAUACUGACAGUGAUGACCAAGUACCAGGCCCGCAUCACACAGCACCAGAGCCUGGACCUGGCUGUGGCCCUGGAGCCCAACGCCACCUUCCUGAAGAAGUCCCUGCAGGUAGCACUGAGACAUGUGGCCCGCUGACCACCCCCGGGACACGGUUCCCUCACCCCUUGCCUCAGAACCCCCACGAAGCACAGCCAGCUCAGGACUCCGCCGCCGCCUCUUGCCCGACACCCCUGGCUGUGCAGAGGCCAUCUUGACCUCAGAGAGGAGGCCCUAGGCUCCGCGCUGGCCGCCACUCCUGGUCACAGUGCAGGGAUGGUGGAGGGCCAGUGGUGGAUGGGUGGUGUCCUGGGACAGCCGGGGUUCCAGUGUGCUCAGGGGGAGUCUUUUGUGCUCAGGUGUAUGUAGUGACCCUCCUCUUUUGUUUCUGAACUGAAUAUUUUGUAGUUUUAAUAAAAAGAAAAAAGUUUGUCCAA